CCUUUCCCGCCGACUUCAAAAAUUUUGUGUGAUUAUGGUUAAAAGGAAAAUAAAUCAAAAUGGUACAUCAGGAACAGAAUCUAUACAUGAUUUCUCUUCUCAAGAAGUUAAAGAAUUCCGAGAACUAUUGGUGAAAUGGUACAGUGAAAAUAAAAGAGAUUUACCAUGGAGAAGACAGAUUACCAAUCCUGAUGUUAACCAGAGAGCAUAUGCAGUUUGGGUAUCUGAGGUGAUGUUACAGCAGACACAAGUUGCCACGGUGAUAAGUUAUUACAACAAAUGGAUGCAGAAAUGGCCAACACUUCAAGAUUUAUCCAAAGCAAGUUUAGAGGAAGUCAAUGAAGCCUGGUCAGGUUUAGGGUACUACUCACGAGGAAGGAGAUUGCAUGAAGGUGCUCAAAAGGUUGUAAAUGAAAUGAAGGGAAAAAUGCCAAAAACAGCUGAUGAAUUAUUAAAACAGCUUCCAGGAGUGGGGAAAUACACAGCUGGGGCGAUUGCUUCUAUAGCUUAUGGGCAGGCAACAGGGAUAGUAGAUGGUAAUGUUAUCAGAGUUUUAUGUAGAAUGAGAAAGAUGGGUGGAGAUAGUACAAGUCAACCAGUCCAAGAUAAACUAUGGCAGCAUGCUAAUUCACUUGUAGACCCAGACAAGGCAGGUGAUUUCAAUCAAGGAAUGAUGGAGUUAGGAGCUACUAUUUGUACACCAAAGACACCAAGUUGUAACACAUGUCCUGUGAGAAGCUUAUGUUUAGCAAACAAAGAGGUAGAAUUUGAUAAACAGGAGAAAACAAAAGAACUGACAAAGGAUAGGACCAAGCCUAUCAUCACUGAUAUAGAAUGUUGUGUUGACAGUUGUCCAUUAUGCAUUCAGAGUAAUGAGGUAUGGGAUAGCAGUUUAGGUGUACAGAACUAUCCCAGAAAGGGGAAGAAGAAAGCAGCUAGAGAAGAACAGACUAAAGUGUGUAUACUGUGUAAGAAGAAUAAGUCAGAGGCAUUAUAUUGUAUUGUACAGAGACCACAAAAAGGAUUGUUAGCAGGUCUAUGGGAAUUCCCAUCAGUAAAGAUAGAUAAAGACCAUCCUAAAGAAGCAUCACCUCAACAGUUACUGGUAGACAGCUGUGGAUUACAUGUGGAUACUGUUGCAUCCACAUGCCAUGUUGGAGAGGUAGUCCACUUGUUCUCACACAUCCACCAGACCUACAUAAUAGACAGUCUUACAGUGGAGGAGGAUGGCAGCGACACAGUCGUUAAAGAUCCCUCUAGUACCAGACCUCUACGAUGGGUGACGGAGGAAGAACUACAAGAAUCAGCCGUAUCUACAGCUAUGAAAAAGGUUUUCAAGGCAUAUACAGAAAAGAUGAACUCUAAAACUCCAGCCAAGACAAAGAAACAGAAAGUGGAUAAAAAACAACCAGCUAUCAACAGUUUCUCCAAAUCAAAAUCUUGAUGCUAGAUACCAUAUAUUGUACAUUUUUAUAUAUAUUUUUUGUAUAUUUUUAUAUAAAACAAUGUUAAAUCUAUAUUUGAUCUAUUUUUUAUUUGAUAUAAUCAUUUUUGCUAAGGUAAAUUCUGAAAUAUUUGCAUGCAGUUAUUAUUAUGAUUGUCGAACAAUUGACAAAAAUGUGAGAUUAAUUAUUGCAAUUUCAGGAAGUAUUGUGUACAAUAAUACAAUACAAAUUCAAAAUGAGUUUUUAUUUUUGAGAAACCUGU